AUGGACAAGUCACACCGUGCAUCCUUCAACUCCAACUCCAACUCCUCGCAAAUGUUCAUCUUGCCAGACAGCCCGCCUCCGGAGAGGGAGCUGAACUACUGGGAACAGCAGAAGCAGCAGAAGAAGAAGCAGCAGAAAAGCCUCAGCUCAGCUGCCACCUCUGCUGCUGCUACAGCUGUUGCCUCCACCUCUGGCGCCUCCUCAGAUCCCUUGAAGAAACAAGGGAUCUUCGUCCAAGAUGAGGAUUCCAGCAUCAUCGUGGGAGACAGUACCCCUCCGACGCAAGCUACUUGGGCACCACGCCGAGCGGCGCUCACAUCGGUACCCGCCCCCAAGCAGUCUGUCAAGAGGAGGCUGUUUUUCGACGACGAUGAGGAGCCCGACGUCCUCACUCAAUCGAAGAAACGUGCGGUGGAAGAGGAUGAGGAGGACAGCUCCAUAAUGACGCUGUUACAGCAGGAGGAGGAUGAAAUUCUCCCCGAGGAGCACUUCCUCACUGUCAUCAAUAGGUACGCCCCGAAACCCUGGACUCCUCUAAGAGAGUUGAUGGAGGGUACGCCUUACCCUAUUGAGGACGUGAGGGAGGUCUGCAAUCAACAUGGACGUCGCGUGGUGCUCAAGAUCCGGCUGUCAGGUCAGAGAACAACAGAUGUUUACAUACCUGAACGUUUCACGCUGAUCUUGACCCCCAAAGACAUCCAAAAUUUUAAAAGUAAAUGUAAAUCAUUGUUACUGUUUGUCAAACAUAUUAAUCAGUACAUGACCGACAUCAACAUUGUCAAAAUGCAUAAAAUUUAAAUCAUGAUAAUUAUAUUACCAUUUAACAUUUUAUGAAUUUUAUUAUUACUUAUUUUGUUAAUAAUCUUGUAACAAA